CUAGACUCUAGAGUUAAGUGAAGAGUCUAAAAAUGGUCGCGCGCCUUUCCAGUUAAGCGGCACAGGGAAGCAAAGCAAUUCGAGAGCCAUCAAUGGAGUCGUUCUUCUGUACGCUAUGUCCUGCAAAGCUUCCUUCUCUCAAGUUCUAUUAUUCAAUGGCUGUCACUCCUCCUUCGUCUCUGACUUGCGCCUCCGUGAUGGAAUCUCCCUCACGGCGAAAAUCAGCCGCUCCGAGAAACCGCUCUUCGAAACCCAUCUCCCAGACGGCUUCCCCUCAAAUACCCACGACUCCAACCACCAGUAAUUCCGACUCCACCGCUCCCAUCUCCGCCGCGCCUCCCAAAAAGGUCCUUGUUCCCAUUGGAUUUGGCACUGAAGAAAUGGAAGCUGUGAUAUUAAUCGAUGUUCUGCGGCGAGCUGGUGCAAAGGUCACUGUUGCCUCAGUGGAACCGCAGCUAAAGAUUGAGGCUGCAGCUGGGAGUAAGCUAGUUGCUGACAUCUCCAUUUCUGCUUGUUCUGAGGAAAUCUUUGAUCUCGUGGCUUUGCCGGGAGGAAUGCCGGGCUCGGCUAGGUUGAGAGAUUGUGAAGUUCUGCGCCGAAUUACAAGCAAGCAGGCUGAUGAAGAGAGGUUAUAUGGUGCCAUAUGUGCAGCUCCAGCUGUCACCCUUCUUCCAUGGGGCCUCCUAAGAAAGAAGCAGAUCACAUGCCACCCAGCAUUCAUGGACAAGCUCCCCACCUUCUGGGCUGUUAAAUCAAAUCUUCAAGUUUCAGGAAAAGUUACUACGAGCCGCGGGCCUGGAACAUCUUUUCAGUUUGCUUUAUCCUUUGUGGAUCAGCUGUUUGGGGAGAUAGUUGCCAAGGAAGUUGCAGAGAUGUUGUUGAUGGAUACAGGUGAUGAUAACUGCAGAAAGGAAGAGUUGAACCCCACAGAGUGGUCUUUUGAACAUAAUCCUCGUGUGCUAAUUCCAAUUGCUAAUGGCUCGGAAGAAAUUGAAGUAGUUACCAUUGUCGACAUUCUGAGGCGAGCCAAUGUGGAAGUUGUGGUUGCUUCAGUUGAAAAAUCUGUGCAAAUUUUGGGAUCACAAGGUACAAAAAUGGUUGCAGACAAGUUCAUAGACGAGGCUGCUGAAUUUGCCUAUGAUCUUAUAGUUCUCCCGGGUGGAAGUGCUGGAUCAGAUCGCCUUCAGAAAUCAAAAGUUCUAAAGAAGCUACUGCAGGAACAAGAUGCAGGUGGAAGAAUAUACGGAGCAGUUUGCUCCUCCCUAUUCGUUCUGCAGAAGCACUGUCUGCUAAAGGAUAAGAGAAUCGCUGCACAUCCUAGCAUUGGUAACAAGUUAACGAACGAAAUGGUGAAUAGCGCAAAGGUAGUCAUUGAUGGAAGGUUGAUUACCUGCAAGGGACUUGCUACUGUAAUGGAUUUCGCACUAGCUAUAGUGACGAAGUUUUUUGGUCAUUCUAGAGCAAGAAGUGUCGCUGAAGGCCUUGUGUUGGAGCAUACUAGAACUUGAGAGAGAGAGAGAGAGAGAGAGAGAGAGAGAGAGAGAGAGAUUGUGCAAUUCACGUUGAAGUUCAAACCAUAAUCUCAUAUCUCAUGUUACCAUAUGCGAACAAUCCUCCUAGUGAAAGGAAACAAAUAUCUACUACAAGUCCACAACAAAGAAUAUACAGACAACAGUGGA